GGCGGGGAGAGCGCUCAGUGAAUGGGGGGGGGGAGUUGCCUUCACGGUUGUGUCCCUACGCUCACAAGAAGGAGGUGUGGGUCUCUGUCUCCAGUGUUUGCAUCUAUUCGGAGCAAAGAAGCGAUAGGCUGCCUUCGGAUGCGAACGUGCAAUCAUGUCACGAGCGCUGGACUGUGCAACGAGAGCAUCUGAAUAAUCCAUACAGGCGAUAAACAGACCCUACAGGAAUAAAGCAAUGGGUGGACAGAUAACGCGAAAUGCCUUUUACGACUCCCUUGGUGGCCCGUUGCCAUCCACGUCACACCGAUGUCACCACAAACCGAAGAGGUGCCUGCCUAUCCAGUGUGGCAGUGUUGGUGGUCCCCUUCCCAUCAGCCCACUUCUCUUCCAUCCAAAUGCUAAGGGAUCCCAAAUCAUCAUGGACCUUGCCCAGAAGACAGUCAAGAGACAGGCCAGUUUCUGCAACGCAAUCACCUUCUGCAACAGGCCGAUAGCGCUGUAUGAGCAAGUUCGCCUCAAGAUUACUAAAAAGCAGUGCUGCUGGAGUGGGGCUCUACGUCUGGGCUUCACCUCCAAAGACCCCUCUAGAAUAAACCCAGACAACCUGCCCAAGUAUGCCUGCCCAGACCUGGUCUCCCAGAGCGGCUUCUGGGCCAAGGCCCUGCCUGAGGAGUUUGCCAACGAGGGCAACGUUAUCGCCUUUUGGGUUGACAAGAAGGGCAGAGUCUUCUACCGCAUUAACGAGUCCAGCCCCAUGCUGUUCUUCAGCGGAGUCCACACAGCUGAGCCCCUCUGGGCCAUCAUCGAUGUUUACGGUCUGACCCGCGGAGUGCAGCUGCUAGACACUGAGAUUGUACCUCCCGACUGUCUGCGCCCACGCUCCUUCACCACAGUGCGCUCCUCCUCGCUGCGGCGUGAAGCCGACGACUCCCGCCUGUCCGUCAGCCUGUGUGACCUCAACCUGCAGCAGGAGGACGGACGCCCUGCCCACAGUCACUCCCACCGCCACACCCUCCACCUGGCCUCAGCCUCCUCCUCCUCCACCUGCCCCAUACCCCAGAACUCCCUCAACUCCCAGCAGUCCUCUCUGCUGCCGUCGGCCCUGGAGAGCGACCUGCACUUCCAUCAGCUGCGCGGCGCCCACAUCAAGACGCUGGACGAGCAGACGGUGGCACGAUCUGAGCACGCACGAGAGGAACACACUCUAGUUUUCACCAACCGGCCCUUGCACACUGGAGAGACUGUCUUCAUCAAAGUCACCAAGUCCAGCCCGGCACGCUCAGGCUCAUUAUCCUACGGUGUGACGUCCUGUGACCCAGCGGUGCUGCGCCCCAGCGACUUGCCCUACAAUCCAGAGGCUCUGGUGGACAGGAAGGAGUUUUGGGCAGUGUGUCGGGUGCCGACGCCUCUCCAAAGCAGUGACAUCCUGGGCUUCUUGGUCAAUCCGGAAGGGGAGGUCAUCCUCAGCCACAACGGCACCAAUGUGGGCAUGCAGGUGUGUGUGGACAACUCCCGCCCACUCUGGAUGUUCUUUGGUCUGCAUGGGGCUGUGACUCAGCUGAGGAUUCUCGGUUCCACUCAUCUCGGGGCUCCGCGGGCCACAUCGAACCCCAGCUCACCCUCCUCCUCUCCGCAUACCCCCAGCGCCCUGGGCAGUGGCAGCUCUGAUCCUGUGCUGAACGGAGGCCUGUGCUCAGCCGCUUACUGCAGCUCAGCAGGGGGAACAACCCAAAAUUCACCAGUCAGCCUCCCCAAGUCACCUACGUUCCCAUCAGGCCGUGGGCCUUGGUCCGACGAGUGCUCUAUCUGUUAUGAGAACAUGGUGGACACGGUCAUCUACGCCUGUGGACACAUGUGUCUGUGCUACCCAUGCGGCCUCAAACUCAAGAAGAUGUCCAACGCCUGCUGUCCCAUCUGCAGAAGGCAGAUCAAAGACAUUAUCAAGACCUACCGGAGCACGUAAGUGGACGACAGCUAACGGACGGACGGCCUCCCUAAGAACGGAAAAAUCCCAGAGUCAGGAAAAUAAAUGUCUAAGUUCAGGGAAUAUGAACUCUGGUACUUUAAUUUGGUAUAUUCAUACAAUUAGUGUUGGUUGGUUCUUUCGCAUGACCUUUUCCAAAGCCAGUACUGCUUCACUAGGGAGGUCUCUUUCACUUUAGCGUCGCUGUCACAGCCUCCCUGCAGAAACAGCACUUGAAGUGGCAGGGGGGGGUUCCACUGAGAACUUUUAUUCUUGCUAAGUGUUCACUCUCUCCUGGGAUCUUGGAAGACUUUGAAGGAGAGAGAAAAACUGAACCAAUUCCAAAAUUCUUCAUCUGUUGAGCCACGUUGUAAGAUUUAGGGAGUGGCACCCAUUUGCACCGAAGCAAAUGAGUCACUUUGGGGCCGAAUGUCUCGAUAAUAGUUCUUUUAGAGGAUGAUUGAAGCUCUGAAAUAUGCUGUCAACCUGAUGCAUAUUUCUGACUUGACCACUCAAUAAGAACGAACACCCACAAUAGGUAAUCAUCUCAGUAUGUCACAACUUUUGUCUGUGUGUUACUGGGCAUUAGAAAAGAGAAGGCAGCAUAAUGAUGAGGUGAUUUCUGUAAUUAUCGUGGUGAUUAUCAGUGAGUGAUGUGCUUACAGAUACAAGGCGGUGCUGAGUAUAUUAAGUAGGAUUGUAACACCUCUUGUACUCAUAUAAUUCAAUGUACCUUCAUGGUAGUUCUAUUGCAAACGUCAGUGGUAGCUAUAUUGUUGUGCUAGCUAGCUGCUUGCUCUGCAGUGUGGUAUGUUGCACUGAAAUCAGCAUUGUCCCCUCAGAAAUGCCACUUUACUGGCAGAGAGGAUAAAGACAUUCAUCAGUUCAAACAAACUAAAAGCCUGCAUCCAGCAGACUCAGCAGCUCUGACUCUAUGAAAGGAAACAGGAAGUGGAAAAAACAGUAAUUUGGAUUCUCCUCAGGGCCAGCAAUCUUUUUUAAGAAGAUGUGAACUAUUUUCCCAAACUCUACCUACAACCAUGCCUAAUACACUGUGAGCGCUCAUGACGAAUUGACAGGUCCUCUAAAAUAGCUCCCAUAACAACACAUAAAGUCAAAGGAUUGUUGCCAUGGUAUCAGAAGCCAGCACGGAUACAACACAGCCUCCUGCCUUAACCCACAGAAGGUUCAUUUGUUACAUGCGGAUGUAUCAUAUUCUGUGUUUUCUGCCGUUUUCAAAAACCCCUGAAAAAUUACCAAAUAAUGCUGUUGUGUGCCACUGUCACAAAAUGUUCACUCAGAGGAGAAAAAGCACACAAAUUUAAAGUUAUUUUUGUAAUAUAAAUCCAUGACAUUUCCAAUAUUUAACUAUUACAAUGUUUAAUAAACCUUGUGACAGGUCUUUCACCAGCAGCAAAGAUCCUUUAUAGGAAUCAGUUUAGGGGCAGGGUUAUAAAAAAAAAAAAAAGCUCAUAUUUUGGAUAUUUGUAUGAUUCCUUUCCCCUAAUUUCAUUUUAAAUUAUAUGUCUUGAUACAUCACCCAGAAAUUUCCCCUGUAAAUACAAUUCAAGAACUCAGCAGUAAGCCAUAGCUUAUUACAGGACAUCACUCGAAGCUGAGAGGCUGUUUUUUAGAAAUGACAUUGUACUUCAUUUUGUAGAUGAUCAACAAAUGGGGCUCAAACCUAUGCUGCUAUGGUAUUUGCCAGCUGUCCUCUCUGGGCAAAUGCUGACGGUGAUGUUUCACACAUCCCUCCUCCCACAUUACAGUUUGAUUACGCUACAGUUUGAAGUGUUAAUUCACAUUUGAAUGUUAACUUAUGUAUUUAGAGAGAUAAACGAUUUUUAUCUGUGUGCUUGAAUUGAGAAAAAAAAAAAAACAAAGAAAAAAGUUUUAUCUGUUUUGUUUUUUGAAGUUUGCUUUGAUUGAUAAUCAUGAUCCUAAGAUUUGAUUUCUUGUUUAUCCAAAACCACGAGAAUCUAAAUUUAUUCUUGUUUUUUAAUAGUGAGAAUAUAGAGGGUUUCUUGUACCUUGCAGCAAUAAGGGAUAUUGCAGUACACAAUCAAAACCUCAUUGCUAUGGGGUGCAAGAUGUAAACUCGGUUUUAUUACAAUCCCUGAAUUUCAGGUGUUAUCUUUUUGUAAUUUAUCUUCUUGUGUAUAAGCCCAUGUUAGGGACCCAUUCUGUAUUUAUAUCUCUCAUCAUUAUAUAGGCUGAAAGCCAUCACUGUAUAGUAAUGAUAAAUGUCACUUUAUAAAGCUACUGAUUGUAAUCUUGUAAAUGUUUUGGCCAGCGUUGACUCAACCAUGGCAUGUUUUAUUUUGUGCAGACACGCCGACCAAAUCGAAAAAAAUCUUUGAUUUUUUUUUCUUAUUAUUUUUUAACACAUUGUAUAAAUGCAAUUCCCUUGGUGCGAAACCCUGUAUUCAGUUUGGGCUUUUUUAACACUUACAUCCAUCGGUUUUGGAUCACAUUAAUUGAUCAAAACAACCUAUAAUUCAUACAAAAAAAAAAUAAAUACAAAUUUGGCUGUAAUCUGUUAUUUAUUAUUUUGUACACAUAUUUCAUUGAAAAGAUGUAAUGCCAUUUUAAUUUUAAAUUUUAUUUUUGCAUCCAAAAUACUCCACAGGCUCCUUGAAUGUUACUGAUCCUGUAAUGUAUUAUUUAUUUGUCCAUCGCUGAUGUGUGGACUGUUUCCUCCAAACCUGCUUUGCUUGUGUGUUUGCUUUCUGAUACGUUGACACUAUACCGAUAUGACUGCUGUGUGUCCGGCCAGCGGCACAGCAGCACAUUUAGAGAUUCUUUCCGUAGAUCUUUGUACUUUUUGUCACGCAUGCGUAAUCUGUUCACUCUGCGUGAACAUCGGGACCAACAGUACACGAGCAUCAGAGUGGAACGCUGUUAGUGUUCAUGUAGACUGGAACCAGUUCUUAGAAAUACUAUAUAUAUGGCCAUUGUUGUCUGUAUUUUCUUUCUUUUUCAUUUGAAACAAGUGUGUGUUUGUGAGCUCUCUUCGGUGUGAGUCGGAUGAUUGUGGUUAAUAAACUUUCCAGAUGUGUUUGAGCAAAAA